GCCGGCCGCGGCUGUCACGGGCCGGGCGCACUGGGAUUGGUGUCGCCCGAGGCCAGAGCUGGAGUAACUGGACUGGGCGGCCGGUCGCAGUCCCGGAGCCUGAGGGGCUGGCGUCGGCGCCGAGCCCAAAGCCCUGGGUGGGAGCCUGGCAGGGACGCGCGCACCAUGCCCUACCUGCUCAUCAGCACCCAGAUCCGCAUGGAGGUGGGCCCUACCAUGGUGGGCGAUGAGCACUCAGAUCCAGAGCUGAUGAGGUAUCUGGGGGCCUCAAAGAGAAGCGUCUUGGGAAACAACUUUUGUGAGUACUUUGUUAAUGACCCUCCUCGCAUAGUCCUGGACAAACUGGAACGCAAGGGCUUCCGUGUGCUGAGCAUGACAGGCGUGGGCCAGACGCUGGUGUGGUGCCUGCACAAGGAGUGACCCUCUCACACUGAGGAGCAGACGGCACACCCCUCUUUUGAGCGGUUGCCAUGGGCCCCGAUCCUGAGUCCCCGUUCACUCACUGCCCGGCCCCUCUCUUCCCAAAUUGUCAUUUUCCUUAGCCCAGCACCACUGGGCAAUGAAUGGCCUUUUCUGAAA